AUGGCAUAUGGGGCCGAAGCCAUGAGCCCAUUCGAGGUGGGCCUUUCUUCGCCUCACAACCUACAAUUCAACGAAGUAUCCAAUGAUGAGAUAAGGCAAUGCGAGCUCGAUUUCCUUGAAAAAAGGAGAGAUGAUUCACAAAUAAAAUUGGCCUCAUAUCAAAGAAAAAUGGUAAGGUACUACAACGUCAAGGUCAAGAAGAAAUUAUUCAGAAGAGGCGAUCUAGUGCUCAGAAGGAUCUUUCUGUCUUUAAAGAAUGGAUACAAUCAAAUUUGUAUAGAUGAGGAAGAUAUACACAAAACUGCCUUUAGAUGCCUUGGAUCUCUAGAUGAGGAAGAUAUACACAAAAAUUAUCAGAAUUUGAAGAAGAAACUUGAUGCAUCGAAUGGAGCGUAG